AUGCUUUCCUCAAAGCCCAUGGAUCCGAUCGUCAGCCACUCCACCCAGCCAGACCAAAAUCAGCACGGCGCCGACGUGGUCCACCUCGAGACCAAGACCAACAAGAUGACGCUCCAGGAAGACUCGUCUGCUCCUGGCUACACCGCCAUCCGCAGCACAUCCUCCGAUCAUGCCACACCGGUACAGAGCAACAGCACUGCCUUCGUCUCUACCACUUCUCACGUCGCAUCCCCCGUCUCCACAGUUGGCACCGACGCUACCCACGGCAUCAGCCCGGGUUCCGUCAAUGCCAUGACCGGUCCAAGCGCUGCCGCUGCCAAGAUCCGCACCGAAAACUUGAGGCAGUUGGGUCUCAACGAGCGCGCCGACCAUUCAGGGGUGGCCACGCCCAUCGGCACAGGCGGUGCAUCCGUCCACCUCAACGAGGCCCACACCGAGCCCGUCUCGCCUGUCACCAGCAGUCCCCAAGGUCAGCCACGCUCGGGGCUCAACAAGGUGCUCAGCGGCGCCAUGACCGGCACAUCGUUCCAACCCGUUCAAGGCGCAGGUGCCAGCGGUCUCGCUUCCGCUCGUGGUGUCGACGCCUCCAACAACGAUUCUACCAGCACGCCUCCUCAAUUCGUCUUCCCCAAGCUCGGUUCACGGCGCAACACUGAGCGUGUCGGCAGCAGCGGCACAGCUUCGCCGUCCGACAAUGACGCUCACCCCAAGAAGAAGAAGGACAAGGAACACUCGGGACACCACAACCCGCUCACCGACCUGCGCAAGUUCCUGCAGAACCACAUCGGCCACCACAACAGCGACUCGCGCAGCGACAGCAGCCGCUCCGGUGUGGCCACGCCUAAGCGUCACGGCAAGGACUCGCCCCCCUUGGGUGAAGACCACGCUCACCUGGCCAAGAAGUACGGCAAGUGGGGCAAGGUGCUCGGAUCGGGUGCCGGUGGUACGGUGCGUCUGAUCAAGCGAUCCAAGGACCACACCGUCUUUGCCGUCAAGGAGUUCCGUCCGCGCAGAGCAGGUGAGAACGAGAAGGAAUACAUCAAGAAGGUCACCGCCGAGUUCUGCAUCGGCAGCACGCUCCACCACGUCAACAUCAUCGAGACCAUCGACAUCAUCUCGGAUCACGGCCACUACUAUGAGGUCAUGGAGUACGCGCCCUACGAUCUCUUCAGUGUCGUGAUGAGCGGCAAGAUGUGCCGUCAAGAGAUCUACUGCGUCUUCCGUCAGAUCUGCGACGGUGUCGACUACCUCCACUCGAUGGGUCUCGCGCAUCGUGACCUGAAGCUCGACAAUUGCGUCAUGACGACGGGCAAUGUGGUCAAGCUCAUCGACUUUGGCACGGCGACCGUGUUCCACUCACCAGGCAAGAGCAAGGUGGUGGCUACCGGUGUUGUGGGUUCGGAUCCCUACCUGGCACCCGAGGUGCUGUCACAACAGACGUAUGAUCCGAGGUUGACAGACGUGUGGAGCUGCGCCAUCAUCUUCCUCUGUAUGAUCCUGCGUCGCUUCCCGUGGAAGCUGCCGGAUCUCAAGACGGAUCCGAGCUUCCGGCUGUUUGUCAAUUCGCAUCCCGAGCUGUGCAAGGCCCCCGAGCCCGCCAAGAGCCACCCGAACAGCGGCGGCCCGAGCCGACAGAGCAGCACGGCGAGCUCGAGCGUCAUUGCGAGCCGCGUCACCUCGAGCGACCACGUCGCCACGCUGCGCAAAAACCUCGGAAUGUCGACCAUCGAUGCCGUCACGAGCUCGGACGACAACGGCGUCACGCCGCAGAUCCGAUCCGCUUCGGAAGCCGGCUACAUGACGCCGCACACGAUCCACUCGAACUCGAACCCGCAGUCGCCUUCGCUCAGCGACACGUUUGAUGGCAACAGGAUGCUGACGGGCGAGUCGGGUACCAACAGCGCCGCAGUGAUGAGCCCAGCUGCCAUCUCGCCCGUCACCUCGUCACCCACGUCCGCCUUCACCGACAGCACCUCGGGCGGCAGCGCCUUUGACGAUGUUCGUCCUAACCCACACCGGAGCGACAGCGUCUCGUCGGCAUCAUCGCAGACCACGUUCACCUCCGGCGCGGCGGACAGCAUCUUCCGUCUCCUCCCACGAGAGACGCGCUCGGCCCUCUCGCGCAUGAUGGCGGUCGAGCCGUCGCUCCGCUGCACACUCGGCGAUCUCCUUCGCGGCCGUCGCUUCAGCGACCACGACAGCCCGCUGACGCGUACGCCCGUCAUGUCGCGCAGCAACUCGACCGACAUGCUGCGCUCCGCCAUCGACGGGGCGCACGCACAAGCGCACGGCGACGGUACCGCCUCCCCUCGCGGCCAAUUUGACAGCCUCAGCCGCGACGCCCACGCUGCGGGUCUCGGCUCCAUCGGUCUCUCCGAGUUCGAAGAUGACGACGACAAGGGCGACGAGUGGCUCAAGAACAUCCGCACGUGCGCUCACAUCGUCAAGGACGGCAGGCCGGGUGAACAACCCGACCACCCGCACGUCAAGGUCAUGAGCGAAGAGAGCAAGCGCAAACACUCGCUCUUCCAUCGCAAGGAUUAG